CUGUCAACCAACAGUCACGAUAACGUACCCACCCGCAUACCCAAUUACCCACAAUGGCUUUCCUCCGAUCUUUCAAUUCUGGCAUGAGUAUACGUGACAUACGCAACUGACCCACAGCCCGCGCGACGUUAGCCAUCUGCCCUCUAUUAGACAAAGAGGGGUGUAGUCUCUUCACCGUAUACUCCGUGGACUCGACGAUAGUAUUGCUUUUUGACUCCCAAAGGAGCUUCAACUCGUCCACACGAUUCACUCAUCUGCCGCUUGCCGUGCUGCUAAUCCCAUCGACACUGCUACAAUGGACGCCACCGAAAGCGACUCGUCCAUUCCUAUAGCCAGUGACUCGGUCUUCAGCAUCUCACGCCCUUCUUCCGCCUCCUCGAUACACCCGACCGAUACGCCGAACGACAAAGCGAGCGAUCCCCCAGCGGGCGCACCGAUAUCUCCCCUCUUCCAAGUCCGACAUACACCCACCGCCGGCCGUGCAGUUUUUGCUACGCAGGAUAUACCACAAGGCACAAUAGUGUGGCGCUCAGAAGAUCUUUCCCUCUCAGUUCUGCUACGCGAAUACCGACGUGAGGUGUGUGGGCAAUGUUUCGGAUACGAUUACGGGCGGGAUCUGGAUAUACGGGAUAAGACGGUUGGGUUUGCUUUCUGCUCGGAAACAUGCCAGGAGAAGUGGCGGGAAGAGAACGGCGAGGUCGGAGUUCAGGCAUGGACUGCGGUCGAGACUCUCGUCAAGAAGCGGAGCAAGGAGGAUAGCGACAUGGUGGACACCGACUUACCACGCCCACAGGUCAAGGAAAUUCAGCAGGCGUGGGAGAAUGUCGGUACACAAGCGGCGCUGAUACGGGCUGCACGAGAGAGCGAACAGGCAGCCGGAGUUACUGUCACCAAGCAGCACAAGAAGGCCGUGCAAAAGGCAUUACAGCAGAACAUCACACCCGACGUGAUGAGCUUCUGCGUCAGUGGCCUGGUCUGGCGGUCUCUCCACCCCGACCAAUGGGAACGGGUGGAGGCGCUUGCAGACGACAAGACCCCGUACCACAGCUCCGACGACCUUGGCGCCUUUACAAGAACCUACCUGCACCUCCUCGCUAUCCUGCCGCUUCCGCUGCUCCCGCUAGUUACGGCGGAAUCGCUCAUCACGCUCUCGUCCCGUGAUUCGCACAAUUCCUUCGGCAUCCGCUCCCUUGAGGAUGACGGCUCGGAGUUCUUUGGAUACGGGUGCUGGCCUGCUGCGAGCUACUUCAAUCACUCGUGCGGGCCGAACAUCGAGAAGAGGAGGGAGGGCAGGACGUGGUUCUUUAAGGCUGGGAAGGAUAUUCAGGCCGGGCAGGAGCUGUGCAUCACGUAUCUUAGUGGGGAGGAGAGGAAGCUGAGUCGCGGGAAGAGGAUGUUGAGGCUGAAGAAGACGUGGGGAUUUGAUUGUGGGUGUGUGAGGUGUGAGGCGUUAUAAGUGAAAGUAGUGCAAUAAAUGGUGCGAAUAGAUUGAAAGUUACAGGUGUCACAGCCAGGCAAACACAUGUUCUAUAUGCCUGACAUUGUACAUGCUCUAUUAUUAACUUUGGUUUGCCCGUAAGAUGUGGAGAGAUUGGGUGCGUCAGCUAUGUGUGGACUCGAUUGCGUUUCAGAGCGCUGCCAAGUGCGGGAUGUUGCUGUCUCCGUGCCGGCCGUACCCUGAUCUUCUCACGGCUACCGGCUCACUAGUGACAUUGAGCGCAUACGGCAAACCUUCUUUCACGCACGCAUUUGUCGCAUUGCUCAUUCCAACGUUGACUUGACAUGACGCUGUUUUUCUUGGUGUGACAGGGCGGCCAGCAUGUGUUGCCAUCCGCGCUUGGCCACGUUCAUUAGUCAUGCCACGAGGGUCCAGAUGAUUCCCACGAGGAUAUCGUGGGAAAGGGUCUAUUAGUUAUC